CUCGCUUUAGAUUUCGCGAACAACUUGCGGCAUCAUGAAUGUUAUGCUCAUUCUCGGAAGUUUGCUCUGCUUCUUGCGAUCCGCAAAUGGGCAAUGCGAUGCAACAUUAAAGGUUGACUCUUUGACAGGGCCGCCACAAUGCACUCCUAAUGGUAUAGCGCAACUCCAGGAUGCCAAGGUCAAAGCCUUGUCGGAGUGCUUCUUGGAGUGUGCCAGUGGUUACAACAUCCACGUGAGCGACGCCACCGCCGCCGGUGGAAGCAAUCUCCAAGCUUUAGCCACCCCAAAGACGAAAACUUGUUCGAAAGAGGACAUAAACCUCAAAGUGCUGUGCAGUCCGGUGCCAUUGACUUGCGCCAAACCCUUCACGGAAUUCCCCAACGCUUGCACUGGUGUUUUGCCAUUGGUCUCAGGUGUGAAGGUCUAUGUGGCUUUCUACACCUACUGCACGCAUGGGAUAUCAUCGUACGAGAGCAUCCUAGACACCCAGGCCAUAUUUAAUGCCGACACCAUUUGCCAAGGCAUAUACAAAUAUGACACCCAGAGCGGCACUUGUAUGGGACUACCACAAGGGAAGGACACCUGUCAGCAAGCUGGCAUUCCUCCUGAACCACCACGGAUUGCAGAGUCUCCUAUGCGGUUCCCUCUGGUGGGCGCUGGAAGUGGCCAAUGUCAAGCGAGCAUCAUGCCCAAUACUGUGACUGGACCGAUCGGUUGCACCGAAGACAGUCUGCCAAAGAUCCCAGACGCACAGGCAAGGGCAGUCAUUGAGUGCUUUCAUGAAUGCGCACAAUCGUACACCCUUUCAUGGGAUAUGAGCUCUUCAUGGCACGCAGCAGUGGCGACACCAAAAAAGCAAACAGGGAAAUGCUCAAAUGGCCUUGACAUGAGCUGCAGCAAAAUUGUCCUGGGGUGCACCAACACGUUUGGCGAGUUCCCGAAUACUUGCUCUGGCGCAACAGUAACGCAAAUGAAAUUCUUUGUGGCCUUCUAUGCCUACGCGAAGGAAGUGGAUGGAAAGAUCACCUCUGUUCUGGAUACGAGAGUGAUUGUGGACAAAGACACCGUUUGUUCCGGCUUGUACUCUGUCGACAGCGGUGAGUGUAUGGGUCUCGGUUCCGGUGGUGUUGGCGCCAACCCACAGGGUGUUGUGCAGCCGCCGCAGCCGUUGCCUGUACCCGGCUUUCCCCUUGAGAAAUGGCCCAUGCCUGGUGACUCUAGCCCCACCGACGCGCCCACUGAUGCGCCCACCGACGCACCCACCGACGCGCCCACCGACGCGCCCACAGAUGCGCCCACGGACAAGCCAACGGACAAGCCAACGGACAAGCCAACGGAGAAGCCAGACGAACCCACGGAGAAACCGGUUGAGCCUGAGACGACCAAGGGACCAGAGCCAAAAAAGAAAGAAGAAUCGUCAAGUUACACGUGGGUGUGGAUCCUCAUAGUCCUGCUGUUGGUGGUGAUUCUUGCCUUUGCCUUCUACAACCGCCGCAAUCGGCUGAUGGAGGAUGAACGAAGGCUCCGUGAAGCGCAGGAGGUAGAAAUUCCCAGCGCUGUGAAUCGUUUCUAGGCCUUGGCAAACCUUGGCAAGGUCGUGGAUUCCAGGCAGCAUUGUGG